AAUGGUUUAGAUCAGGAAACAAACAAACCUCACAAAAUGGCUUCACAAAAGUGCGUCUCCAUGGGCUUCUUGCUUCUAACAUGUUUAAGUCUUAGUUCUGCUCAUAGGCUCCUCUUAGACUCCUAUGACCCUCGCAUGCCAAAAGAAUCUAUAUCCAACUUGGCCGGAGGCGGUGGCGCUGUAGGGAUUAUGGGGAUUACGGGUAUGGGUACAGGUAUGGGUGUGGGGAUUGGCUAUGGAAGCGGCUCAGGUUGGGGUGGUGGCUUCGGAGGUGGCAGGGGAUACGGGGUUGGCAGUGGUCAUGGUGGAGGCGUGGGGAUCAUUGGUGGACCUUGGCAGCCACCCUACCCUGGAUUUGGGCAACCUAUUUAUCGGCCAAAGCCUGUACCUGUUUAUAAAUCUGUGCCUAUUUAUGAGCCCUCACCUGUGCCUAUCUAUGUGCCCACGCCUAUGCCUGACAUAGGAUGUGGGACUUGCCGCCCUGUGCGCUCUUGUGCCUGCCCAUGUCAAGGAUCAGGCGGGUGGGGUGAGCUUCAAUCACAUAGCAAGAGCGCGGCACAUCUUGAACCGGAAUUAGCUAAAAGUACGGGUAUACCCAGUGUCGGGAUUACAGGUAUGGGUACAGGGUCCAUUGUCUUGCAGCCCCCAUACAACCCGUACCCCAGUGUGGGCUCUUGUACGUGCCCGUGUCCGGGAGAAGGUGGGUGGGGUGAGCCUCAAUCACAUAGUAAGACUGCAGCACAACUUGAGCCCGAAUUUGCUGGAAGAAUGGUGAUGCCCGGUGGCAGGUCCAAUAUUGGAGCCAACAAUGAUCCCAUAAGUUCUAAUGCCCCCAAGGAAGAUCAGGAAGCCCAUCGGGCCCGCAGUCGUUAUGGGCCGUUUGAGUUCGCAACGAACGACAGUGAACCGGCGCCACCGGAUGAGUCAGCCCCGGAAAGGAAUGAAAGGGAGGAUCAGAAGGUGACGAAGGGCAACCACAUGGUGGUUGGCGAUCCGAGAACAUAAAUCAUUUGCUAUCAAAUAAGUCGCUUAGAAGGCACAAGUUGAGUACAAUAAAAAGUUGAAAGCAAAUGAAAAUUUAGCUUAUUUCUCUCCUGUUUUAAGCCGUGUCAUUGUGUUUAUCGAAGCAUUAAAUAAACUGGUACUUUUAAUCGUCAAA